UUCUUUUUCUUAUUUUUUUAUCUACACACACACAUACACACAGACACACACUUCAUUACCAACAAUUAAUCAAUCUACAACAUGAGUUUUCUUUCUGGAUUCAAAAAGAACCUAAACAGAGCCGGUACUACGCUCAUGCAAAGAACCGGAAUUUCAGACCGUACAAUAGACAGCGAGUUUGAAGAAGAAUAUGAACGAUUCAAGACACUUGAACAAAAGUCUGAAAAGCUGACUAAGGAGGCCAAGGGUUAUCUGGAUUCUCUACGAGCCAUGACAACUGCACAAACACGAAUUGCACAAACGAUUGGUCAUUUCUACGAUGACUCGGCGCCCAUGGGUCCUGCUGGGCACGAAUACAAGAGAGCAGUAGAAAGACUUGACGAGGAAGCUCGAACAGAAUUGGAUGUUGCAUUCCGUACCACUGUAUUGGAACCUCUUACCCGUUUCUGCUCUUACUUCCCAGAAAUUCACGAAGCUAUCAAGAGACGCCAAAAGAAGUUGCUCGACUAUGACAACCAGCGCUCUAAAGUUAGAAAACUUAUUGAUAAACCAAGUGAAGAUCCUCAGCGUCUCCCUCUGGCUGAGCAAGAAGCUAAUUUGGCUCGAGAAAUGUACGAGAAUCUCAAUACUAUCCUUGUAAAUGAUUUGCCAAAAAUGGUAGAGCUAAGAGUACCUUAUCUCGACCCUACAUUCGAGGCUCUGGUAAAGUCACAGUUGAGAUUCUGCCAGACAAGCUACGAACAGCUUGAAGCUUUGAGAAACCAUUUCCCUCCAGAAAAUGAGAAGGGAGAUGGACGUGUUGACGAUGUGCUCCAGCAGAUGCGUGAGCUGACUAUCUGUGGAAACUUUUAGUUAUAUUUGAGAGACUGUUUACACUCUCUGUAGAGAACCAUUUUAAUUUCAUAUAUUCUUCUAGGAAUGUUUUUACAUUUUUUUUAUGUUUUCAGUAUCUAUAAACUACUUACAUUUAUAUUAUAUGAUUUAAGCUAUAAAUUAAGAGCUAUUAUUACCCUAAGACCAGAGAUUUAUACAUCAAAUGUUUGGCUAUGAAUAUCAAGAGAAAUUGGUAUUGCUCACCGGUUAAAAUAACCACAUCCAUGAACAUAACCGUAAAAUUGGGUAAUAUAUAUAAACUUUCUUAUUUUCAAA